AUGACCGACUCGCAGGGGGACAAUCGACCACCACAUAGCUCGGAUGCCAGCACCCCGCCGCGUAUUUUGGACAACGCGGACAGCCCCGCGCCUUGUUCGGACAACGAUGCCAAGACGAACAACCCGGUUCUUGGAGACAUCCCUCCUGCCAAGCGCCAACGCUUGCAUCAGGCUAAUAAACACUCCAUCUACCACUGGUCUGUCUUCAAAGGCAUGAAUGCGCAGGAUCUCAUGGAUCCAGGAUUUAAAGUUGGCCCAGCUCAUUUAAUAGUUUUAGGUGUAGCCUCUGUUGUUGCACAGCUUGAAAAUAACUGA